AAACGCGAUUCAACCGUCAAGCAAGACGGACGGUCUUUGAAAAUUCACAGUCUCGCGGCGCGAAUCAAGCUCGGUUUUGUACACUCCUGCACACGUUUCAUUCAUCCAAUCCUAGCCAGUUUGUUGGAAGCGCAAAAAAUAGAACAAAAAACAAAAGUGGUUCAUUGUACGCGUCUCGCAAACGAAUGGCAAAUUGAGUCUACGAAAGCAAAAGUGAGCUGAGCGCACUAAACAAAAUUUAAGGCGUGAAAUUGAAAGUUAGUUCCCCUGUGGCCGUGGCUAGAAAAAAUCGAUCAACGGCUUAAUAUUGCGAAAACACAGUCAUCUAACUAAAAGAUGUUAGUUUGCCAUCAGGUCGAAGUUUCCUUCGACUGACAGAAACACAACGAGACGAGUUUUUUUCUCAUAUACGUAGUUGCAUCGAACACAUGUGAUAUAACAUAAAAAAAUACGGUACUAAAUAGACAACUAGAAAGAAAAUCAAUAGUGCAUUUGAAGAGAUAGUCAUCGGUUUGGAAUAUAAGUAUACAAAUUUGGAAGAGAAAUUUAGUGAGUGUGAGCAAAUUUAAGUUUAAUCUUGUGACGAAUCAAUAAACACUAACAGGCUCAAGGAAGACAGAUCGAAAUGCGCAGCGUGAGAAGCAGCCUAACCAUCGGACGACUGGCAAUCUAUCCGAGGAAUUCCAACAUUCGAACAGGUUUGCUCUGUCUGCUAGCAUCACACCAGCACAACCAACAGCGUCACUGUGCCUUCUCCGAUCACAGCCAAUGCUGCGGUAGCACUAGUACCCAUCCACAUGGACACAACAGCCAACAACUACGGCGUUUCCACGUCACUACUGUGUGCGAGAAAUCGUCAAAAAGUGGUUCGACUCCACCGACCGGUUCCAGCGGUGGCAGCGGCUCAUCUGCGUCCAGUUCCGGUGGCAGUGGCAAAGAUGGCAAUGGCAAAGAACCCCCAAACAAAAAGAACGUCUUGUCCUGUCCCAAAUGCGGUGAUCCCUGCACGCACGUCGAGACGUUCGUCAGUUCUACUCGAUUCGUGAAAUGUGAAAAGUGUCAUCACUUCUUCGUAGUACUGAGCGAAGUAGACUCAAAAAAGACGAUGAAAGACACGGAAACCAAGGGUCAACGAAAGCCACCGCCGCCUCCGAAGAAGAUUAUGGAAUAUCUGGAUCGGCACGUCGUUGGUCAAGAACUCGCCAAGAAAGUGCUAUCCGUGGCGGUGUAUAAUCAUUACAAACGAAUCUAUCAUAAUCUUCCCCCACCGGCCAAUAGCGGCAGUCAAUCUGGGGCACAGCAAAUCGAUUCUAUGUCCCGUAGUGGCGAUCUGCUUCACAUAUCUGGUAUCGGCCAUACGAUGAUGAGUUCCGCCCCGACAGAAGUUCCACGGCCACCGUUGGCUUCGUCGAAUGCCUCCCAAGCCCAUCAUCCGGGUUCCGAGCUAUUGGAGAAAAAAACCCACGAGUUAAAAUUGGAAAAGAGUAACAUUCUUAUGUUGGGCCCUACCGGAUCGGGGAAAACACUACUGGCACAAACGAUUGCCAAGUGUUUGGAUGUUCCAUUUGCAAUCUGUGAUUGUACCACGCUGACGCAGGCCGGCUACGUGGGCGAGGACAUCGAAAGUGUAAUCGCAAAACUGCUACAGGACGCUAACUACAGUGUUGAUCGUGCUCAAACCGGUAUCGUGUUUUUGGAUGAGGUAGACAAAAUUGGUGCCGUACCCGGAAUCCAUCAGCUGCGGGAUGUUGGCGGCGAAGGUGUCCAGCAAGGCAUGCUGAAGAUGCUGGAGGGUACGAUCGUUAAUGUGCCAGAGCGCAACUCCCCCAGAAAGUUGAGAGGCGAAACCGUUCAGGUGGAUACGACCAACAUUCUGUUUGUUGCCUCCGGAGCAUACACCGGUCUGGAUCGAUUGAUCGCGCGGAGACUGAACGAGAAGUAUUUAGGUUUCGGUAUGCCUGCCAGUUCUUCCGAAGGUCGUAGGGCCGCUCAAGCUUCGGCAUCACCAAUGGACAACGAUCAGGUCGAGCGGGAUGCUAAUCUGCGUAAAGUUCAGGCUAAAGAUUUAGUCGAAUUUGGAAUGAUUCCGGAAUUUGUUGGUCGCUUCCCGGUCUUGGUUCCGUUCCACAGUCUGGACGUGGAUAUGCUCGUUCGUAUUCUGACUGAGCCUCGUAAUGCCUUGGUGCCGCAGUACAAAGCCCUGCUGGGAAUGGACCAAGUGGAACUAACGUUCACCGAAGAUGCACUCAAACAUGUCGCCCAACUGGCAAUGGAAAGGCAGACGGGAGCCCGCGGUCUGCGAGCCAUAAUGGAAACGCUUCUACUGGAACCGAUGUUUGAAGUACCUGGCUCAGACGUGAAAACCGUUCACAUUACCGAGGAUUGCGUACGGGGCCAGGCCGAACCGACCUACAUUCGUCGGAAUAAUUCGAAUUCGGCUAGUUGCGGACCGGAUACACCCAACAGCAACAACACGUCUCAGGCGUCCGAGGAGGAGGAAAACACCAAACUUCGUGUUAAACAAUGAGCCCUCGUGUGAUAAAAUCGGACCGCGAUUACUACAUAUUUACAGGUAGGAAGUAUUAGUUUAGAAAAGGGUUAUUUUUCUAUUUCCUACUGCUUGCGAAGAGCGCAUCUUAGUUUCGCCUCGCUCCAUAAUCUAGGAGGGAGAUACAAAAAAUAUAAAAACAAAGUGCAAACUUGUACAUACGAUUAUUCUAAUUCGUCAGUAAUCAAACACAAAAAUAUAGGACGAGUUAUGAUAAAUUUAGUAAAUGAUGAACAUUAUAUGUGUAAGAAGUGGCAACUAGUUGCAACUGGUGUUCAGGUUCCUUUUUGAAAGAGCAAAACGUUUAAAUAGAUGAUCCUCAUUCUCCUAUGCCUGAAAUGUGAUGAAUCCUCGUUUGCUCCAGGUGGUCCUUUCUGCUAGGGGCUGCUGGAAAGAUGAUAGUUGUAGUGAAAGGGAAUUGUUGAUCUUUACCAGAAUUCCAAUUGGCUUGUCCGUUAACGUAAUUUUGUUGUCACCUGCAAGGAUGCAGUUUUUUAUCUUACUCUACAUAACAAUAGAACACAGAGGACGAAACACGAGCUACUUCUCGAUGAAGGUAUAAAUUGUAAAUAAUGUUUACUAGUGGUAUGAACUUUCGAAACCGCGUAAUAUAGGCAAAAGUGAACACGUUAGGCUAGUGGUAGAUAAUACAAUUUACCCGAAAUUGAAGAAUAUAUAUUCGAAAUAUUUCGAA